AUGGUCAACAAGACCUUAAACUACUGGGGUCCCAGUUUUGAGGAGGACGUUAUCAACAUCAACGUGGGCGGCCUGAGGCGGCGGCUCAGCUCCAGCGCGCUCUCCAAGUUCCCCGACACGCGCCUGGGCCGGCUGCUCUCCUGCGACUCGGAGGAGUCCAUCCUGCAGCUCUGCGAUGACUACGAUGUGAGCGCCAGGGAGUUCUACUUCGACAGAAACCCCGGCUUCUUCCUCUACGUCCUCCACUUCUACCAGACGGGCAAGCUGCACGUCAUGGAGGAGCUGUGCGUCUUCUCCUUCUGCCAGGAGAUCGAGUACUGGGGCAUCAAUGAGUUCUUCCUGGACUCCUGCUGCAGCUACCGCUACCAUGAGCGCAAGCUGGAGAGCCGGCACCACAACUGGGAUGAGGAGAGCGAGGUGAGCAGCGUGGACACGUCCCCUGAUGAAAUCUCUGACAUCAACCACGACCUGCUGCGCUACAGCACCCUGCGCUGCGGCAACCUGCGCAAGCGCCUCUGGCUCACCAUGGAGAACCCUGGCUACUCCAUCCCCAGCAAGCUCUUCAGCUUCGUGUCCAUCAGCGUGGUGCUGGUGUCCAUAGCCACCAUGUGCAUCCACAGCAUGCCAGAGUACCAGGAGGUGGAUGAGAAUGGCAACGUGCUCGAUGAACCCAUCCUGCACAAGCUGGAGUAUUUCUGCAUCUCCUGGUUCACCUUUGAAGUGUCCUCCCGCCUCCUGCUCUCACCCAACCCCAGGAAGUUCUUCAAGCACCCACUGAACCUGAUUGACAUUGUGUCAGUGUUGCCCUUCUACUUCACCCUCCUGGUGGACGUGACCAUGGGCAGUGACUCGGAGCUGGGCAACCUGGGCAAGGUGGUGCAGGUGUUUCGGCUCAUGAGGAUAUUCCGGGUGCUGAAGCUGGCUCGGCACUCCACUGGACUCAGGUCACUGGGGGCCACCUUGAAGCACAGCUACAGGGAGGUGGGGAUCCUGCUGCUCUACCUGGCUGUGGGGGUCUCUGUCUUCUCUGGUGUGGCCUACACUGCUGAGAAGGAGGAGGACGUCGGCUUCGACACCAUCCCGGCGUGCUGGUGGUGGGGCACGGUCAGCAUGACUACCGUGGGCUACGGGGACGUGGUGCCCGUCACUGUGGCGGGCAAGCUGGCGGCCUCGGGCUGCAUCCUGGGGGGCAUCCUGGUCGUGGCACUGCCCAUCACCAUCAUCUUCAACAAGUUCUCCCACUUCUACCGCAAGCAGAAGGCGCUGGAGGCGGCCGUGAGGAACAGCGGCAAGAAGGAGCCCGAGGAGGGCGGCAGCGACUCCGAGGCCCUGAGCGAGACCUCCCUGGACAGGGCCAGCCCCGACCGCCGUGGCCUGACCCCCGGGGCCCACCCCAGCCCCUGAGCCCUUGCUCUGCA